GAAGUGCGAAGUCCAGCUCGGUCGUCUCGGGGAGCGAAGGGGAAGCCAGACAUCGGCUAUGUGGUGGCGUUGGAAGCGGCCAAGGGGCAGGAGAUGGUGCAGGUCUACCACAGAAAUCCGGAAGGAGAAAUCCCGGGAUGCAGCACGAUGCCGACGCAGCAAGGAGACGGAGGUGUUCUACCAGCUGGCGCACACCCUGCCCUUCGCUCGGGGGGUUAGCGCCCACUUGGACAAAGCCUCUAUCAUGCGGCUGACCAUUAGCUACCUAAGGAUGCAUAAGCUGCUGAAUUCUGGAGAAUGGCAAGAUCAAGUAGAAGCUGAGGAACAGAUGGAUUCUUACUAUCUGAAAGCCUUGGAUGGUUUCCUUAUGGUCCUGACUGAGGAAGGAGACAUGAUCUACCUCUCUGAGAACGUCAACAAGCACCUGGGCCUCAGCCAGCUGGAGCUCAUUGGCCACAGCGUGUUUGAUUUCAUCCAUCCCUGUGAUCAGGAAGAGCUCCAAGAUGUACUGAGUCCGAGGCAGGGUUUCUCCAAGAAGGCAGAAGUGAAGACCGAGCGCGAUUUUUCAUUGCGCAUGAAGAGCACUCUCACCACCAGGGGGCGCACCGUCAACCUCAAGUCUGCCACCUGGAAAGUGCUGCACUGCGCUGGGCACAUGCGCUCCUAUGUGCCUUCCAAGCCUGCCGCAGGGAAGGAAGGGGAAGGUGGCUUUGUGGAGCCUCCACUGCGGUGCCUGGUGCUCAUCUGUGAGGCUAUCCCACACCCCGCCAACAUUGAGACCCCCCUGGACAGUGGCACCUUCCUCAGCCGCCAUACCAUGGACAUGAAGUUUACUUACUGUGAUGAAAGGAUCGUUGAGAUGGCUGGUUACACCUCCGAAAGCUUGCUCGGCUGCUCCCUCUAUGAGUACAUCCACGCUUUGGACUCAGAUUCCGUCAGCAAGAGCAUCAACACCCUGCUGAGCAAAGGGCAGGCAGUGACCGGGCAGUACCGCUUCCUGGCCAGGAAUGGCGGCUACCUCUGGAUCCAGACUGAAGCCACCGUCAUCUCUAGCAGCAAGAACUCUCAGCCCGAGAGCAUCGUCUGCAUUCACUUUGUGUUGAGCCAAGUGGAAGAGAAUGGCUUGGUGCUGUCCCUGGAGCAAACUGAGCGCCAGGGGGAGCAUCGCCGGCUGCCCCCGCCCUGCCUCGAAGAGCUGGACUCAGACAAUGCCCUGGAUGAGAUGGACCCCAACGGAGGAGACACCAUUAUCAACCUCAGCUUUGAGCUGCGUGGCCCCAAAAUCCUGGCCUUUCUGCAUCCGGCCAACAUCAGUGAGGAGGAAUUGCAGCUCGAUCCCAAACGUUUCUGCAGCCCGGACCUCCAGAAAUUGCUGGGGCCCAUCUUCGACCCACCUGGGGCCCAGAAUUCAGCAGCAGGGACCGUGCGGGCAAGACCUCCCGCCCCACUUCCCAAGCUGGCUCUGGUUUCUAAGAAGGCUUCUGGAAAUAACAGUCCAGCGGACCUGCCGGAAGAGUUGCUUUUUGACAUGGAGAACGUCCAGAAGCUCUUUGCAACCAACAAGGAGGGGCAGCCCAUGGAGACGGCGCUGCAGGAUUACGAAGGCCUGGACUUGGAGAUGCUGGCACCUUACAUCUCGAUGGACGACGAUUUCCAGCUCAGCAGCACCGACCAUCCUCCUUGGCUUGCCGAGAAACAAGGAGACCUGGGGGCAGGACCCCGGCCAGCCUCACCCCCUCCAAGGCCUCGUUCCCGAAGUUUCCAUGGGGUGUCCCCACGCCCGCCAGAGCCAGCUACCCUCCCCCGCUGGGGCAGCGACAGCAGUUUGAGCCAAGGCCGCCCCAUCCAGCCACCUCUUGCCAACUCUCCCUGCGGAGAAGGCCAGAUGGUGGAGAUGGUGGCAUCGGUCAAGAUUCAGUCUGUGCAAGACGGGACCAAUCUGAGUGGCCAGAGGUCCCCCUUGGGUGGGAGAAAGAGGGCUCGGGAGGUGAGCGUGGAAGAAGAAAGGGACCUCUUCCUGGAGACUGGCCCCCCUAAGCGUGCCCAUAGCCAUGAGGCAGAGGGAUUCCUGAUGCCCUCGCUCAGCCUGGGGUUCCUGCUCAGCGUGGAAGAGUGUCUGGAUGCCAGGCCUGAGCGUGGCUGCGGCGGCACUGUGGCCCUGGGCAAGAAGCUUCUGUCUCUGGAGGAACCAAUGGGCCUCUUGGGAGACGUGCUGCCCUUCGUGGUGGACGGACCGGCGCUCUCCCAGCUGGCCCUGUGCGAUGGCGAGGAGGAGGCCUCCGGGCGUGGCGGAGCGCACUUCCAGCUGGGGGAGGAACUCCUCGUGGAGCUCGACCAGGCCACCUGAAGCGGCUCCCGUGGCCGCCCCCACCGCGCCUCCACCCCGCACUCCUGCGCCGCAGAUGGGACUCACGGACCCAAAUCCAACCAAAUGCCCUGGGGAGGGGUCCCUCCUGCCCCUCCCCUCCACCCUCCCCUGGCGCUCUUAGGACUGUUCCUACCUCGGUCCCGUCCCCUCCCCAGGCAGCCUCUCCCCCCCGGAGAGGUCCGGAGGAAGGCUCCGCCGCCCCGUUUGGUGCUUAUCCACCCGGGUGUUCUCGAGCAGCAGGAAGGGGGGCUGGCAGCAGGACCGAUUCGCGGAGCGGCCUGCUCUCUCCAUCCCCCAGAGGAAGAGAAAGCACCACAGAGGGACUCCCGGGUCGAGAAAGGGCGGUGCGGCCUCCCCCUCAAGAGACGCAGGGCCCAGGGCGCUGUGCCAUCUCCUCUGCCCUCAGCCAGCGAGGACAUGCCCGUCAGGGCAUUCCCAGCACGCGAUCGGCCCUUCCCGGGGCAACGGAAGGGCUCGCCCAUUUGAGGGAGGUGGAAAGUGGGGGGGCCUGCUCUGAGAACAGGGCGAACAUCUGCUUCAGCCUCAGCCUCUCAGGGCAGUCCUCACCACAACGCCCGGUGCCUCCCGCUGACCUCAGCAGAGGUCUCGCUUUUCAAAAAGGAAAGCCAGAGAGGUCCUCGAAGCUUCUGCUCCGGAGAGGAGAUCUUGGCCAGGUUAGAAUGCCUGUCCUUAACUCCAGACUGAUCUUUCCCCCCGGAGACAGCCAACGUCUGAAUAACCAGUCCCUAGAACAAAACUGUGGUGCUUUGGCCGUUUCUGGGCCUCGUUAAAUAUGUUUACAAAAGUGCUCUCCAUUCUGCACAUGUUCAGUGCAGAGAAAUUGGAUGCAAUGUAGAAAAAAGGCGAGCUGGGAAAAAAAAUUCAGAAAAUUUUUUAAAAAGCAUCUUGGGCCAGCUUCCCUUAUCAAGUGGUCACCAGGUGCGUUGGGAGGGCAGGGCCCAGAUCCACCCUGCCAGCUGUCAUGGCAGCCAACGCAGAUCUGGAGAGGGCCAGAUUGGGGAAGAUUGGAUAGCUCAAAAUUUUUCUAUCCAACAGCCCCCCAACAUGCAAACCUAAAAAAAAAAAAAAAAAGACUUGAAUAGGAAGGAACCAGAAAAACAAACAAACACCCCAUUCAGCAUUUCGAACCUAUCAGUAGCCAAAACUCUCCAGAAAAAUAGAAAGUGGUUGCAAAAUCCGGAACCGGAAGGGAAAUUUUCAGGACCCUUAAAGUACUACCUGAAGUUUCUAAAAAGACAAUCUCAGAGACAAGCUUUUUGAGCGUGAAGUGAAAGGCCGUCCUGUGUUUGAGCUUCAGGAUGGACAGCCUGCGACUAAGAUCUUUGAAAACGAAGAAAGCUUUUCAUUAAGCAAGCUUGAACCGGUGCUACAAAAUGUCAUCUGUUGUUAGAAAUGACAUUGUUGUCAAUACUUCAAUCAUUUUUUUUUCUACUUUAAAGAGAGGGGAAUCAAAAUUUCAAAAAGGUGCUCCCCUUUCUUGUGUUUUUAACCUUGAUCCCAGUCAUGCUUACUUGGAAGUAAGUUGCACCAAAAUCAGUGCAACUUAGUUCAAAGUAAUGGGGUAUAGCAGUGUUUCUCAACCUUGGCCACUUUAAGAUGUUGGCUGGGGAAUUCUGGGAGUUGAAGUCCACCCAUCUUAAAGUGGCCAAGGUUGAAAAACACUGGUGUAUAGAAAUUACACCCAACUUUUUUAGAGCCUGAUCUUACGAAUGUUUUACUUAAAAGCUAAUCUCAUGGUGCUCAGUGAGUUUACUUUACUUUCAAGUCAGCAUGCCUACGAUUGCAAUCUUACCAGCAGUAUGGGAAGGUAACUCAUUUUUGGCUCGUAUGAAGAAAGGUUUUGCAAUGAAGUCACAGGAUCCUGUGAUAAGGAGCAAGCAAAACCUUUGCAUUUGUAACUCACCAAUGGGCUUAAAAACGAGCUACUUUUCCGUUCUGUAAAUCCAAUGCUCCUGGACGAGCAAAAGUUAUCAAAAAGUUGAAUUGCCUUACCUCUUUCCUGUCUUUUGGACUGAGAAGGCCCCCAAAGGUUUAAUGCUUAUAAAGAGGUUGCACUUAAUUUAAUUAAAUAAUCUUGAAUUGCCGCCCAGGAAAAGGAAGGUUGGCCAGUGUUUAAUCCCCCACUGUAAAGCUACCACAACGGGUGAACCGACACUGGCUGGAGUUCUCCUAUCUGUGAGGCUCUUAAAAUCACUGCAACCCUCCCCUACAGAUUUGGGAACAAUCUUAGAUAAUGCCUUUGGUGGUGGGGGGGAGGGAGAUUCCAAGUAUUCCCAGUUUAGAACAAAGAACAAGUUGUCUUGUUUCUGUUUUUCAUUUUAUAUAUAUAAACCCCUCAGUUGCUUAGCCCACGGCAUUGCUACUUUAACAGCAAAACUUUACAGGCUUUUGCAUGUUAAAGGUUGGAUUUUGCACCCGGUCCCAAAACCAGGCUUAAUCUGCACAAUUCACUGCUUUCCCCCGCUGUCCAAAGCCUUUGGAUGAAAAAAAAAAAAAAAAAGGAAAAUGGAGUGUUAGGAGACAGUGUAAGCUAAAACCAGUGUUUCUCACGCCUCCCUUAGGGGGGGGUGUCUGUGUGUGUGUGUGUGUGUGUGCCCGUUGGUGUAUGUGUCUGAGAAAAGUUGUCAUUUUGUUGACCAGGGACUGAGUGACCCCACUUCCCCUUAGCAGAAGUGGCUGAGUGGGGUGAAGGCCCCCCCCGGUUUCCCAGCUGGAUAGCAGCUGUCAGAAGCUCCAUACUUAAGCCAAAUUCUCCCUUUCCUCGUGGUGCUUUCUUCUCCUCUGUCCCACAUACACCUGGUGACACCCAGUGUGGGGAGGGGCACCCGUCCACAGGCGUUAGCGGGCUCACCGAGGGUGAACAAGUCCUGGUCUGUGGUCCACUGCACGCUUGUCCUCGUGGUGGAGCAGAGGUUGAGUUCCAAAAGGGGAAUUCAACCCUGAACAGGUCCUCCAGACUUGGGGCCUGCUCCAGUCCAGCUGGGGAAUGACCGUUUUGCAAAAACACGGGGUCGGGCCCCCUCGCACAAUUGCAGUGGCACGGGAGACCUCUUUUUCGGCGUCCCCCGUUCUCUCCCCUGAUCAGCCGUGCUGAAAGCUGCAGUCUUGAGAGGGGCCGGCCCUGCCCGUACACCACUUUUGCCUCGGUCAUCGUUCACCUGUGCCUUCUCGUUGACAACUUCACCAGCUGCAAACAAAACCCGAAACGAAUCCAGCCCUUUUCAAUCGUUUCCUGGUUGGGGAGUGAGCAUGACUCUGGUCAAUGGCACAGAGGCACAGGGAGAAAGUGGCUAGUUCCUGGAUCCUCUGCAAAAGGUAGGUUCCUCCUUGUGAACAUGGAACACGGAACUCCCUUCCUGGAGCUGUCCGUAACAUCCAAGCCGCAUGGUUUGGAAAGCGAGAAGAUGGGCGAAGGGGGUUGUGGGGAGAACCAGCCCUGCUAGGACCUGCCAACUCAGACUGUCCCCUUUCGUUGCGAGCAAAGCUCUCACGCACACCCACGUGUACACAAAGAUACAAACGCACACACCAAUGCAGUACAGAAGCACGCGCAAUCUCACAAAUCGACGGGCCGCAAUUGGCUCAGGCAGCUGUUUUUCAAAAGCCGCACUUGACAAACACGCACAGAACAAUAGAAUCUCAAAGCCAGGUGAAGAACACGGGAUAAGAUGUCUCUCUCUCUCUCUUCUUGUUUUUGUUGAGUUUGUUAGGAUUCUAAUUUUAAAUUCCCAGCCACAGAGCAAAGGGGCAUCUUUUGCACCCUCCUUCACUGACCGUCCGCUGUUCCGUUUCGCUUUCUUUGUAACGUGGGUCUCGAAUCCGUUUCUUUUUUUCAUGGAAAGAUGAUGGCUCUCUCCGAUUAUUGUUGAUGUUGCUGUUUGCUGUUAUCAUAGCAGUUGUAGUUUUUUAACUGAUUGUCUGCCCCGAAGCCUGACUCUGUGACCGCCUGCGUGGCUCUCCUUUGAAGUUCAGCAGACCUGCUACUCUUGGGAAAAGGGGGAGCAGGAGGUUCACGUCUCUGGGUCUCCCUUGCCCAGGCCAGUGCCCAUGUUCACAACCCUCCUCUUUUGGCCUGGAAGGGGAACAUUUCUCGCCUGCUGUGGCCGUUUGUACUUCUGGGGACGUGUCGCGUAAUGGCGGCGCAUGGUGCUAAGCUCUCCCCCGAGCAACGGUGCUCUGUCCCUCCUUGAUUUUAGACCACAUUGUGGCCAUGGUGCUUUGUCCCCUUUCCAAGUCACCUGGAACGGCUGCCAGCCAACAAGAGCAGGGUGACUGACCACCCGCCCUAUCCUGACAGAGAUCUGACCUCUGGCUGGCAGCACUGCCCAAGUGCCAUGGUGCUCUGCUCUCUGACGUCCCCCACCCCCCAAGUGGUUUUGCUGGAGUACACAGAGGCAAUGGUGCUAAGUCCCCCUGCCCCUCCCAGCCCUUACUCAGAGGUCUGUUUGAAAAGCAGAACAGCCACAGAAAGAGCCCCUCGGCUGUUCGAGUCUGACACGAACAGGAAAAGCAGACCUAUGGAAGCGAUGGCCGCUCAGUGCGCGCAAAGGACACAAGUCUGUGUCUCCGGUUGCGGUUGCUAAGCUGCCAGCAAGGCCUUGUUGCUCCAUUCCUCCGCUCCGCAGCAGUGGUGGGUGGGCUGCACUUCCCUCUGGCAGUGGGUCCCACCUUACCCAAAGCGCUUGCUUGGUUGCAAGGGAGAUGAAGUUGCACCAAUCAUUUGGGGCAACAUGGACACGUCAGUAGCUGCUUUCCCCAAUUCGGUGCUCUCCAGAUGUGUUGGCCUACUGCUCUCAUCAUCUCAGCUAGCUAUAGCUAUGCUGGCUAGAAAUGUUAGGGGCAAACAUUCCACGUGUCUGAGUGGUACCAAGCUGGGGAGGUUGGAAUACAGCAGGGUGAGCCAUUUGCAGCCUAUGGACGUUAGUGGACUGCAGCUCCCAUCAUCUCUUACACUGACCAGGCUGAGAGGAGUGGGGCUUCAGUGGUCUCUGGAAGACCACCCGCUACGAUCUAGAGACAACCUCCUAUUCUUCCAGUCACCACUUUUACGCACACACCUUGCCUUUCACCCAUAUUGUUGUCACGCCAGCCAGUGCUGAUAGGGCAAGAUCAGUGUCUCUGAAGCUGUCUUCUGAGGAAGCUUUCACUGGUGGACAAGUCUCCUUGAAGGUCAGCCUGCUGAUCAUUCUCCGGUACCACACUUGGGGAUCUUUGGUGUAUGCCCAGGAACACCCUUGCUUUGUCUUGAUGCUAAUGAGGCCCAAUUACUUAGCCAGGUGCCAUGUGGAAUCCGGAUGUGCACCCCAGAUGGUGGGCCCAACAUCCUUGGGUCCUCCGAACCCAAGAGGUAAUAAAGUUCUCAUAGGACAUGCCUUUGACAGGAAACAUUCAUAGCAGGGUCUUCUCUUUCCUCAAGUGCCUCAAGUCUACUUCCAGCUGGGGGUGGAGGGUGUCAGUAAUCUGUGUUAAUGCCUAAAUUAAGCCAGGUUAGCUCAGCUUGCUAUGCCAGGCUAAACAAUGCUUGAGUUAUUUGUGGUUCAGCAUUGUGGGGACCCAAACUUUAUCUUACCAUGUUCUAUAAACCAGGCCACAGCUCAUUUGCUUGGACAUAGCCUAUUAUACAAACAAGGAUAUUUAGUUAAACCAGGUUUAGGGUUUAAUCAAUGUAGACUAAGAAUCCAUUCUUUGCAGUCUCAGGAAAAUUGAUUUUUGAACUUGCUUGUGGCGACUACCUUGAGGACCAAAAUCAAAAUGUCUAGUCACAUGGACUGGUUAGGGAUUAGAGGCCAAUGACUAAUAAUAGUCCUUAGCCAACAUUUUCAAAACCUGAUGCCUUCCGGAAUUUCAGCGCUUAUAAUGCCUAUUCAGCAUGGCCUGGUCUAGAUCAUGAGGGUUGAAGUCCCAUGCAUUCAGAGGGGAUGAGGAUGAGGAAGAUGGCACAAAGUAAAAACAUACAACUUUAGGAGUCGGGAGGGAAGAGAAAGUUACCCUAGUAGUCAGAUGGGUAUAUAGAGAGGUACAAAGUGUCAACAGGCUUGAUUAGCUCCUUUAGAGGUGGCACAAUUUUUUUCCAUCUGCCUGUUCUCCUAAGUUCUGAUGGCAAGAGUUCCAGCUGAGCAAUCCACAUGAGAUGUUGGGGACAGCAAUUUCCCCAGAGAGUCUUUUGCCUGUACACCUUAAACCAGUGCCACCUCAGGCUGGCAAAGGACUUCUUAACGCCUGCGAAGUUAAACCUGCAGCUGAACACUAAGCUCUCCCCAGACUUGGAAGGACUGGCUGGCAUGACAAGGACAUGCAGGAAAGGCUUUUUCAAAGGAGAGGGCUUGUAGAGGCUCCAGCGUCUUUAAAGGCUUUGGAAUCUGUUCGUAUAUAAUUCUUUAUAUAUAUUAUUUCCUCUAUCUUUGUAUAUGGUUAAUUUUCCCCCUCUCUGUGGUGGGAUCAGAUUUGGCCCCUGUUGUGUCUGUAUGUAUCACUGUCGUAAAACAUAAAAUACGUCUGGUAACA